AUGGACUUUCCCCGCGGCCACGCAGCAUUACCGCUUACGGAGUCGGAUUUUCUGGAUUUCAUCUACAACUAUUUCAAAGCCGAAUACUACCCCAUCCGAUCUUUCUGGUCUACAGCAACCGCCCUCCCGCACCAACCCGACCGAUGGAUAUCUAUGGGACAUGAACUCGCCCCACUUAUGGUCCGACCUGCCAACGCACAGGCACAGAAAGAUCUCGAGUCACUGGACUACUUCACGCGAAAAUGGAAUCUAGAUGCUGGGUUCGUGAGAGGUUUAGUUAUCAGGUUCGCCAAGUACGAAUUGCAUGAAAGACUGGAGAAGAAACUCUACGAAUGUGCGAGGUUGGAUUUGAUGGUCUGCAAGGCCUUGAAGGAGAAGCAUCUGAUCGAUGCACUUUGGCCUAGCCCUGCGCCACGAACUAUCGCAAAAGAGUUAUUGCAACAGGGUGUCCAGGUUCGACAAUGGUAUGGCGACAUGUUCAACAAGUAUUUCCGAGUUCUGCACUCGUUGGACGAUUUCAAAGUGCGCGAAGAAAUCGAUCGCCACAUCAAGAGCAGUGGAACCCUGAUGCUUCUGCCAUUUGUAGAUCAUUUGGUAUUCGGAAAUGUGGAUCCAAUUAUCCCCAUCGUCGCAAAAGGAGCAGGCUACUCGAAUGCGAAGAACUGGCAGAGGCAGGACCAAAGUGCUGCGGGUUUCGGAGAGCCCGGAAAGUUCGAAAUCAGAUUCGACUCGCCCUCUGAGGUUACCGAUACAUAUACCAAGACUGUGAGGCGGCAGUGUCAGUGCAUGAAGUGUGGAACAAAGAGAGAUGUGCAGGUUGUAGUCUCUAUUGAUCCCAGCCCAGGCCCUGUAGCAAGUGGAGAUGCUUCUUCCAGGAACAAGAGACGAGAUACCGCGCCAUCCCAUUCGAGAUCCAGACAUAGAUAUAGUCCAGGAUACCAGAUGCCUACCGAAUCUGAGCCAGCAGCGCCGCCUCAACCACCUCGACCACAGCAAGCAGGCCAGAACCCGGAGCCGACACGCCCAUCAACACCAGAGUUUAAGAAGCAAUGCCCACGCUGCACAUUCCUCAACGAUCCCAGCCUCCACGCCUGUGAGAUGUGCGAAGCAUCCUUACCAGAGACUACCAUCACCCAACCUCCCAGCCCUGCCGCCAUCCGAAGAGUUCCUUCACACUCGCAUUCCGUCUCCGCACCGCCUCCAACAGCACCAAACCCACGACAAGAGGAACUCAAAAAGGAACAAAGACCCAACGCACCAAACCGUCACAGUCUAAGCUCUAGCCUCUUCUCCAUCUUCCCCUUCUCCCAGCAGCAUCAACAGGAGCACCAUGCCAAACUCCCCGCAACCCAAAGCAUCGACACACAACCCGCCGUCCAAUCCAGCUCACGACAAGAACCCCGCCCAUCAUCCAAGCACGGCAAAGACCCCCAACCCGAGAUGUCCAGCAUCCCGAAACCUGAACUCCCGCAACGCCAUCAACCCCGCGCUUCAACACCGCCACCCAACCGCGACAGCCCUACAGAACCCCACCUAUCCCAACCCCCGGAAAUGGCAAUGAUGCCCCUAACACCCUCCCCACCCACAUCUUCUUCCAAACGUCCCGUGCCAGCCGGUCUGCCGAGUAAUCUCAUGGACGACUUUGUCCCUGUGUCCCCUGGUUUCGGGAAAGACGACGAUGAAGAUGAAGAUGCGGGGUGGGGUUCUAUGAGUCGGGAGGAGGCGAGGCAGGGACACGAAAGUAAUAGUGAUGAGGAAGAAGGAGGGGUAGGAAAGGAAAGUGGGAAGGGAGUUUUUAUUGAUUUGGAUGCUGUGGCUAGGGAGGAAGCGGAUGUGUGGGGGGAUAGGGAUGAUUGA